AAACAUGUAAACGUGAGAAGGCUUCGUAGUUGAAUGAAGGUUUGACCCAUAGUAAUAUUUAAUAAGAGAGCCAAUGUCCAAUGAUGAUACCAUUUGGGAAAAGUCUUCGGGAAUGCCAAACAAUUAAAACAUUGAACUUGCUGGAUUUUGUUGAACUCAGGAAUGAAAUGUUUGACUGCUAGGGAGUAAACAAAAUGCACUUUUAGGUUGGCCCCAACGAGAUCAUUCAGCGAGGAAUCACUUAUAUGGGGACUUUCCGAAAGGCGAAUCGAAUGGUUUGUGCGUUUCCAUGAACAAGAACAUGGUAAACAGUGGAAGUUGACGACAACGUAUUAACCUAUAUAAUACUAUAUUGCAAGUGCACAUCAACCAAAGUAACGUAGAAGAGAUCAAAUUCAUUGAUGCUUAAGAGUUACAUUAUAGAUCCGUGAGAAUAUAAGAUAUGAUUUUUGUUGUGUUUGAAUGCAAAAAAAAAGAGAGAAAAACAAUAUUAAAUGAGACUAACAAUUGACUACUUUUAGCACAAAAAAAAAACAAUUGACUAAACGCAUUAUGCUAUAGAAAUUCCGUAGAAAUGAAACUCUAUGCUGCCUUGUUUUAGGCUUUUGAUUCGGGGGCUUCGUAAGUUCCGUUAGCUCUGUAUUUCAUCUAUAAUCAGAUGAUUAAAAAAAGAAAAGAAAAAAAUAGCCAAAAAGGUUCAGAAAAAAAAACAUGGUAGUUGACUCUCAUCUAUUUGAACGUCCGGUUUAAUCUGGCUGGCCACGGUUUAGAUUACUCUGUAAUUAGUUUUGAGAUCGGUUUUUACAAACUCUAGAACCAAAAAAGGGUCAAACCAAGGUCGAGAAGAAAAUAGUUACUAUGGCCCAUAAUUAGGCUGCGCUGAUAACCGCUUUAUAAUAAAAUAUCUCUAGUCUACCCACCCGGUUUAGAGUCUGGACUACGGUUUAGAUUACUCUGUUAGAUCUAUUUUUCUUUUUCUUUAGAAACAGAAAAAAACUAUCCAUCGCUUCCCCCUAGCGUUUUCUUCUCUGUCGAUCUUCUUCUCCAACUCACACUCCGGCGUCUCUUAGUCGACCGACCGCUCCUUCAGAGAAAGUCAAUCCGGAAACAUGCCGGGACAGAAGAUUGAAACAGGUCAUGAGGACAUGGUCCAUGAUGUGCAAAUGGACUACUACGGAAAGCGAGUUGCAACUGCCUCAUCUGACUGCACCAUCAAGAUAACCGGAGUCAGCAACAACGGUGGAUCCCAGCACCUAGCUACAUUAACCGGCCACCGUGGUCCUGUCUGGCAGGUCGCGUGGGCCCACCCUAAGUUUGGAUCAUUCCUUGCUUCAUGCUCCUAUGACGGUCAGGUCAUACUCUGGAAAGAAGGCAGCCAAAACCAGUGGACCCAAGCUCAUGUCUUCACGGACCAUAAAUCUUCUGUCAACUCCAUCGCUUGGGCUCCUCAUGACCUCGGACUAUCCUUGGCUUGUGGGUCAUCCGACGGAAACAUUUCGGUAUUCACAGGCCGUGCUGAUGGUGGCUGGGACACGACGAAGAUUGACCAAGCGCAUCCUGUUGGAGUCACUUCUGUCUCAUGGGCACCUGCCACUUCCCCUGGUGCUCUUGUCAGCUCUGGCUUGCUUGAUCCGAUUUACAAGCUGGCUUCCGGUGGGUGUGAUAAUACUGUGAAAGUGUGGAAGCUCUCAAACGGGUCGUGGAAGAUGGAUUGCUUUCCGGCUCUUCAGAAGCAUACUGAUUGGGUUCGUGAUGUGGCUUGGGCACCGAACUUGGGUCUCCCUAAGUCCACCAUAGCCAGUGGCUCACAGGAUGGGAAAGUGAUCAUAUGGACUGUGGGAAAAGAAGGUGAGCAAUGGGAAGGUAAGGUUCUGAAGGACUUUAUGACUCCGGUGUGGCGGGUGUCGUGGUCGUUGACAGGUAACAUGUUGGCUGUGUCCGAUGGGAACAACAACGUGACGGUGUGGAAAGAGGCUGUUGAUGGAGAGUGGGAACAAGUCACCGUUCUGGAAUGAUAUGUUUCGCUGUUUCCUUUACUGAAUUAAAGUCUUCUUUCAAAAGAAUCGUUUUUCUCAGGCUGGUUUGGUGGUCUAUCUGAGGGAAUGUGGAUGUGGUUUUUUCUCAAUUUGGGUUUGGAACAUUUUGGACAUUUUCAUCUUUCCUAGCGACUUUUUCUUUUGUUUUCCCCUUUUGAAACACUAUCUUCAUGAAAUAUAUUAUCUUAGUUUUAAACUGGACUA